AUGCCCAAAUUUGUACCCCGCCAACGAAAACAAAAGCACAAACAAAAUGCUGCAACAACCAGCACCCCGGUGGACACCAAUGCCGCGGAGGUAUUGCCCGUCUCUAAAGGCGACAAGGAAGCAAAAAGACAGCAGCUGAGAGAUGAAUUGAGAUCGCAACAUACCAACAUCUCCUCGAAGAAACAAAAACGGUUAGACAAAUAUAUUGAAACUAAACUCAAGAAAGAAGAGAACCUCGAGCUACUCAAGAAACUUGCGAAAUCGAAGACCGAUACCUCAGCAUUUCAAAGCUCUAAAGAGCUCGGCAAGCGCAAAAGAAAUGAUGAGAGUGGUAGACCCUCGGCACCUACCGCUACUCAUGAACGUGGCCCCGAGCUAGAGCAGUCGGACGACGACUCUGAUGACUCGCUCCCCCCGUCAGGAGUGACAGUCAUCGAAAAAAUCCCUCAACCAGCAGGACCAAGCGGUAGUGGUCUGAAGCGCCCUCUGGAACUCGGUCCAGAUGGCUUCCCAGUUCUCAAGAAGAGAAAACGGGCCCCCAAAGCGAAGCAGCCGGUAGUAGUUACACAAGAUGUGCCAUGGGAAGGUUUUGAUUCCGAUGACGAAGAGGAUGAGGAUGAUGAGUCCGCAUCUGACCUGGACGAUGACGAGGAUGAGGAUGAGAACGACAACUCCGAAGAGUCAGGAACAAACAGCUCUGGGGAAGAUGACAGUGAGGACGAUGAGGACGAUGACGACGACGAAGAUGAAGACGAAGAGGAAAAUGAUAAACCGAAGCAUCGUCAGUCUGCUUUCAAGACAUGGGCAAGGCAGCAAAUCAAUGAAGCUGCAGGAUUUCAACCUACGACGGGUCCCAUUGUACAUGAGGACCUACCAAUUGUCCCCGAAUCCACAAAGCCCGCCAAAAAUACCGUUUAUCAGGAGGAACCGCUGCCUCCAGAGCUCCAGGUAACCCAGGGCAACCCGUUCAGAAAGGCUUUCAGUGUUCCAGUCGAACGGACGGAGGAAAUGCAGAAUGCGCGCUUGGGACUACCGAUCGUAGGCGAAGAACAGAAAAUCAUGGAAGCAAUCUACAACAAUUCUUCUAUUGUAAUUUGGGGAGCUACUGGUAGUGGAAAAACUACCCAGUUGCCCCAAUUUUUGUUUGAAGCCGGUUUUGGUAACCCCGACAGCCCAAACCCCGGCAUGAUUGCAGUAACACAGCCUCGACGAGUUGCUGCUGUCAGUAUGGCGAAACGAGUUGGUGAUGAACUAGGCUCGUUUUCCGACCAAGUCUCAUACCAGAUUCGGUUCGAAAGCACCGUGUCGAAGAAGACGGCAAUCAAGUUCAUGACCGACGGUAUUCUCAUUCGAGAGAUUGCCGAGGACUUUUCUCUGAGCAAAUACUCUAUCAUUGUGAUUGAUGAAGCCCACGAACGGAGUGUCAACACUGAUAUCCUCAUCGGUAUGGUCAGCCGUAUCGUCGAUUUGCGGAAGAAUAUGAGUGAAGAGGACCCGUCUGUGAAGCCUCUCAAGCUUGUGGUCAUGUCUGCGACUCUGCGUAUCUCUGAUUUCACACAGAAUGCUAGUCUUUUCCGCCACGGAGCACCGCCCCUGGUGCAGGCGGAGGGCCGGCAAUACCCUGUUACCGUGCACUUUUCCCGGCGGACCCACCGCGAUUACGUUGAGGAAUUGUAUCGGAAAGUCUCGAGGGGUCACCGCAAGCUGCCUCCCGGAGGCAUGCUGGUGUUCUUGACCGGACAGAACGAGAUCAGGCAGCUUUCAAAGCGCCUGAAACAGGCCUUCAAACCUACCCAGCGGGGGGAUGUUGCUCAAGCCAAGGUCCAGCUCUCAGCGAACGAUGCACCACUUGAAGCGGAAGACUUGGACAUAGGUGGAACGGAUCUAUCCAACCCCUGGAACGAGUAUGACGACGACAGUGACAUUGAGAUCACCGGGUUGGAUGACUCGGAUAUAGACGAUGGGUUUGAUAUGGAAGAGGAAGCAAUGGACUCGUCGACCCAGGUCCAUGUGUUGCCUCUGUAUUCGCAACUUCCCACGAAAGAACAGCUGAAGGUUUUCGAACCGCCCCCAGAGAACUCGCGACUCAUUGUGUUGGCUACCAACGUAGCAGAGACCAGUCUUACAAUCCCGGGCAUCAAGUAUGUCUUCGAUUGCGGACGGGCCAAGGAGAAGCAGUACGAUUUGGCCACGGGGGUGCAGAAGUUCCAAGUCGACUGGAUCAGCAAGGCCAGCGCAAACCAAAGAGCUGGACGAGCUGGUAGAACUGGACCUGGUCACUGCUACCGACUCUACUCAUCUGCGGUGUAUGAAGGAGAGUUUGCCGAAUAUACCGAUCCGGAAAUUCUUCGGACACCCAUCGAGGGAGUCGUCCUUCAGAUGAAGAGCAUGGGUCUUCACAAUGUCAUCAAUUUCCCCUUCCCAACACCCCCAAGCCGCCAGGGUCUGGCAAAGGCCGAGAAGCUGCUGAAGAACCUCGGCGCGCUCUCCUCGCAAGGAAAGAUUACCCAGAUCGGAAAUCGACUGUCCACCUAUCCGUUGUCUCCCAGAUUCGGCAAAAUGCUGCACAUCGGCCAUCAGCACGGCUGUAUGCCCUAUGUCAUCGCACUGGUUGCAGCCUUAGCCGUCGGCGAUCUGUUCGUGCCAGAGAACCAGAUCGAUCCCACGCCCCCCAAGGACGAUGACGAGCGCGGAAUUUACACGAACUCGGAUCGACUGGAAGACACCGCCAGGGAGCAGCGCCACAAGGACUACAACAGAGCCCAUCGUCUGUUCAGCAAGCACGACGAUACCGCCGACGCCCUCAAAUAUCUGUCUGCCAUCUGUGCCUACGGCUAUGCCUCCGACGGGGACGCGUUCUGCGACCAGAUGUUCCUCCGGGCCAAGGCGUUCAAGGAAGCCACGCAGCUGCGCAGCCAAUUGACCGACAUCGUACGAACCAACAACCCGGGUCUCAUUUCCGCGUACCAGGCCCGUCUCCCCGAGCCGUCGGAGAAGCAAGUCAAGGCGCUGAAACAGAUCAUCGCGGCCGGGUUCAUCGACAACGUGGCCAUCCGCGCAGACCUGGCCCCGGUGCCCCCGGAGAUGGACCGAAAGCCGAAGCGAGCCAUCGACGUCCCGUACUUCACUCUCUUCAGCUCGCGCGAAGGACCCGCGGUCGAACUGCAGGAGAAGGCGGUCUACGUGCACCCUUCGUCGCUGAUGGCCAAUCUCUCGCCGAAGGAGAUGCCCCAGUACAUCAUUUACUCCCAUCUACAGCAGUCGUCGCCGUCAAUGGUAUCCGAGCAGGCAUCCAAGAUCAGAAUGUAUCCUCUCGUCUCGCCGAGUGGUUUGCAACUCUCAGCCAUUGCGCAGGGAACCCCUCUGAUCGAAUACGGUAAACCGAUUGGAAACACCGAAGAGCUAGGCGGCGUUCCGCCUCGGCGCGCUUGCUGGGUGAUUCCGUCGCUGGUGGGUGAGACUGGGCGCAUGGGAUGGCCGUUGCCGGCGAAGAAGGUGGUGCAAAAGAAAGAUCCCAGGGAGGGAUGGGUCAUCGAGAAGCUCGGUACUUAG